AUAUCAGAGAUCUCGAGGUUGAACUUUGUAUGGCAUAUGCCCCUUAGUUUUUAAGUCAUAAGAAUCCGCCACUUGGCGCACUAAGGAAACCGGCGCACAAGACGGAGAGACACGCCGCUCCUUUGUUGGAUACGGUAGGCUAGGCCUGCAAGCACAAUGGUUUUCUUUGCUGAAGUCUUCGUUUGCUGCAGCGGUUGAGACUGCAUUUCUUGAACAUGUAAUCGUGAUGUUCGUCAACGCUGUUGCAGCUCCGACUCCGUUUGUAUUUUGUCGUUGUUUACAAUGCAAUUGGUCUGCUGUGGACUGUGGUGCAACGAGCAAUAGUGGGUGUGCGCUGCGCUGAUGUUUCUAGUAGUACAGGCUACUGAUGAGAGAGGGUAGCUCACAAUUACCUUUUAAUCCGGGUGUGCACCUCGCUCUCACUGACAAGAGCAAAAGAAGACACGGAUGAUGUGUUUUUACUCCCUACCGUUCUCUAUCCUGUCUCGGUUAAAAACAAGGGAUUCCAUAGUAAGAGCGUUGAAAGAUUUUACAUAAAAACAAGGAUUUUUUUUUUUAUUCCUACCGCUGUUUUCGGCAAGGUUUUUGUUAAUCGUGGCAAACCGAAAAUCAAGAUGAAAUUUCCCACGGAGAACCCAAGAAAACCAGGGAACCCCAACCCUCCGCCAGUGGCGGUCCACACCAACCUGUUCCCCCCAAAAAAGAUCCAGCCGGGCAUGAUGAGCGCCAGCCUGGUGCAGGCCAGUGUGGCCACCAUGCAGAACCCCAUGGGCUGCACUCUCCCCCGGCUCUCUACGUCGCGACCCUCCAGCAUGGUGGCCAGCAUGGAGGCGGUGGGCGAGGACGGCUCGCCCCUGUUCACGGUCAUGAAGUGGAAGACUGUGGUGGCAGUGUUCGUGGUGGUGGUGGCCUACCUGGUGGGCGGAGGACUGGUAUUCCGGGCCCUGGAACAGCCCUUCGAGAGUAACCAGAAGGUGACCAUCACGGCGGAGAAGGCGGCGUUCCUGCAGAAACACCCUUGUGUUUCACCGGCUGAGCUGGAGGCACUCAUCAAGCACUCUGUAGACGCCGUGAACGCCGGGGUCAGCCCGAUAGGAGACACGUCGUACAACUCCAGUCACUGGGACUUGGGCAGUGCCUUUUUCUUCGCUGGGACCGUCAUCACAACCAUAGGGUAUGGGAACAUUGCUCCCAGCACAGAGGGUGGGAAGAUUUUCUGUAUCCUAUAUGCAAUAUUUGGCAUCCCUCUGUUUGGAUUCCUGCUAGCAGGUGUGGGGGACCAGCUGGGGACCAUAUUUGUGAAAAGCAUUGCAAAGGUGGAGAAAAUGUUCAGGCGCAAACACAACCAAAUCAGCCAGACCAAGAUACGGGUGGCCUCCACGUUGCUCUUCAUCCUGGCUGGUUGCAUCCUCUUCGUCACCAUCCCAGCAGUCAUCUUCAAACACAUAGAAGGCUGGACGGGACUGGAGGCCAUCUACUUUGUCGUCAUCACUCUGACAACUAUCGGAAUAGGAGAUUACGUAGCAGGAGGGAACCGGAGGGUUGAGUAUCGUAAUUGGUAUAGACCACUAGUGUGGUUCUGGAUCCUUGUGGGAUUGGCCUAUUUUGCUGCUGUACUGAGUAUGAUCGGUGACUGGCUUAGGGUCCUGUCCAAGAAGACAAAAGAGGAGGUCGGAGAGAUCAAGGCCCACGCGGCUGAGUGGAAGGCCAACGUGCGGGCCGAGUUCCGGGAGACGCGCCGGCGCCUGAGUGUGGAGGUCAGCGACAAGCUCCAGCGGGCCGCCACCAUCCGCAGUAUGGAGCGCCGUCAGCUGGGCCUGGACCAGCGGGCCGUCUCCAUGGACAUGCUCUCCCCGGAACGCCGCGCUGCCUUCAACAGCCUGGACACCAACCCUUACAAAACCUCCUCCCAGGAGAGCAUUGAUACCAAACUCAACAACCUGCGCCUGAGAGGGGCUGAGUGUGAUCCCUGCCGCUCAGACAGUGUGGUCUCCUCAGAGGACAACAUCUUCAACCGCCUGAGCUCUGUCACCAAGCUGGCCAAGAGGAACAAGAACCGGGAGCUGAAGAAGAAUAUCCCAGAUGAGCUACGGUGCAGGCCCUACAGCACUCCACCAAUGGAGAUGGAGAAGAGGAAGGAGGACGAGGAGGAGGAAGAGGGGUUAGAUAAAGAGUUCAACACCAGCCUGUCUGAUCUGCCGCUUUUCGUCGAAGUGAGCAAGCCCGAGAACGGUUUUAUUGUGCCAUUUAUACCGCUACAGACCAAAGAAAAAGAGACUGAGAAAGAGACACCUGAGCUUGAAGAAAAAUCCUUCCGGAUGGUUCCUUAGGACUGUUGGCUUUUCCCUCUGAGGUAGAGGAGGUUUUAAACGUCACCACCGUAUGUGCCUUACAUCUCACUCACUACUUCAUAUGCUUGAUAUUUAGAGGGCUGUUGUGAUCCCUAUAUAAUGUUGUUCAAUAUUCACUGUGCCCAAAUAACCUAAAGGAAAGACAUUGGCAUCAUCGGUUUCUACAACCACGUGGUGAAUUAAUGACUAAAAUCAUACAGAGAAGCUAACUGCUAAUCAGAAGAGUCAAAGAUAACCCAGUCAAUAAGCAGUAGCAGACUGCUAUGAUGUCUCCGGGACGUCUGUGACUAUUGCAGGCAAUGGACUUUGACUUGAGUUGGUGCUGGUCAGAAAUACGGUACAAAUCUUAGGACAUUUUCGGACAAAAGAAGUAAGCUGCUGAGAAAUUUUAAAAAAAAUAACUGGAGAGUCUCACUGGUUUGUUCAAUGUGAAGUGUACGACUCAAUAUAGUUGUUCUCAUUUCAUCACAACACAUGAGCUUUCAAAAUUAAUGAAAAAAAAAACAAACAAAAUAAAACAGCCAAAAUGUUGUCUGUGCAUGGUCCUAGAGCUAAACGGUGUAAUGUCUAAGUGUAUGACUACGCAAUCAAGUUCAUAAACUUUCUUUAACACUUGAAUCUCAGGGCUUGUGGUCCUAAUGUUGUUGAUGAAAUGUGUCUAAAAUAUGCUGCAUUCACACUUUGAAACAUUGGGUGACCUUUGAUUGCACUUAGAAAUUGCUUUCUGAAGAUGACAGCUUAAGACAAUGGGACGGAAGAUAAGCCAUAAUACAAGGAAGAAAUAAUAUCCCCAAUUGUUUGGACAGAAUACUAUAAAGGUUUAGAAUUGUUGGAAAACAGAGGUGUAUUUUGGCAGGAACUUGUAUACAAUGAAUUGACCGACUAGAGGGUGUUUCUGUAAGCUGACAUCUUUGUUCUACUUGACUUAAGUGUUCCACUUAACUUACAGUACCAUGUAACGUCUGUGAUGUACAUUAAAAUGUUCUAUGAAGUACAUUUCUAUGUUCAUGUGACAAAGGAUGGACAAUAUUAUUGAGAAUGUGCACGAGUCAAACAAGCACUUUGCAUCUCCGAUGUGGGUGAGGAAUUGUAUUACAAUAAUGUUAUUUCAAACCCUUUACAGAUGCAUGGGUUAAAUAACAUUACUUUGUGCAUCUUUCCCUCUUCCAUUCUCUCGCACUCUCUCAAAUACACACACACACACGCUCAAGACAUUCAGAUCACACGCAUAUCCACACCAAAAAUGUUAUGUAAAGUCUUUCCAUUUUGUUUGCAUUGGUAUGGGUGCAGAGAUAGGCUAGUGUGAAUGCAGCUAAAGACUCUCAAUGUUUGUUAAAAAAAAAGUAAAGUAAAAUUAAGUUCAAAGCAAAAAAUGAAACAAAACUAAAAAGCAUGCUAUUUUGCCAGUAUACAGUAUUAUCAUGCUUUACGGUAUUGAUUGUAUACCACUACAUGCAUAAGAAGACAGUGCUUAGCAUAGUGUUUUCUAAAUGCCCAUGCUAAGGUAGCAUGGGCAGCAUCUGCUCAGUAGUUGGACAUUGUUCACAGUAUUAAUUGUGCUAUCAUUACAGUAAAUGUAGUGAGUGCCUUUUGGUAAUAAAUAUCACUGCUAUUGGGA